AUCGAUUUAGUUGUUCCUACACAACCACCACACAUCUAACUCUUUCAAUCGCUUCGGUAUGUUGAUUAUCCUUUCAUUCAACGCGUCGCUAUUCGCAAUUGCGCCCGAAAGACGCGUUUUUGGGUUGCGGUGUUUCCGUCCACCUCUCACCACGCGCGUCACUCAUCGACCAUCACAUCACUUCACAAUUGUCGCAUUACUUCAAUCCAACGUGCAAUUUGCUAACCUCAACUCUGCGACUCAGAUUGAAUCAAAUCAACAUGCCUAAGGAAAGAGCCACCACCCGCAAGACCGCAAAGAAGGACGGCGGCAAGAAGAAGAAGGACCCCAACGCCCCCAAGCGUGGUCUUUCUGCCUACAUGUUCUUCGCCAACGAGCAGCGCGAGAAGGUUCGCGAGGACAACCCCGGCAUCAAGUUCGGCGAUGUUGGCAAGCUCCUCGGAGAGAAGUGGAAGUCUCUUAACGAGAAGCAAAAGACUCCCUACGAGGCCAAGGCUGCCGCCGACAAGAAGCGUUACGAGGAGGAGAAGGCUGCCUACACUGCUGGUGGCGAUGCCGAGGAGGAGGAGGAAGAGGAGUAAAUUACUCCCUUUCCACCCAUCGACAUGAUCAACCUCAUCAACCGUCACGUCUAAUUUUCCUUUUCAUGGCCUUGUCUUACUUUUACCAACAUGGAAUCGCUUCUCAGUUUUUCGAUCAUCUUUUUUCUAUCGCAUGUCUUUUACACGGAUAUGACUGGGGGGCAGGUUUGGGGACGUGGAGCAAACAGAAUGAUACCACUGGCUAAAUCCGGAAUGGGGAUUGUGGUGUUCUUCUACUUAUUUGAGCAGUCGUCGGGAGAAGAGGACAACUCUGAACGGCGAGAGAGAUUACUGUAGGAGCUUUUAUGCUUCUGCUUUUGUUCCGUUGUCGGUUAUCCUUUUUACAACAUCAUGUUAGCUACUGCGUACGCCGACCAUCAAGACAAGAGGCCGCGGCAAUUCAAAGCUCGACGAUUCAUGACAG